AUGGAAAACCAAGUCGCGUAUUUCUUUUACGCCCCAACCUGGGACUUCCCCCCGGAAGGACCCAUCAAGCUAGGAAAUGUCUUAACCUCAGUUGAGAAGCCAGAGCAACCGUUAUCGACAACGCCCCCUCCAACCGAGGAUGAGGUCUUCUCAUCAGAGAAGAAGGAUGUUGAACACUCUAUCGAGAAGCUUAGAGAAGGAAAAUCGUCUCUAUUCACCAAGUUUUUAAAGUUUAUCGGCGUCGGCGUCGACGUCACCGUCAGCUGGGAGCACCGUGAAAAAGAGCUUUAUAGUUUUCAAAAAAUUGAAACUAAGCAGUUCGUCCCUACAAACGAGUACAUCCAAAAGUGUAUCGAGGCACCAGCGGUGCGACAAUUUUUGGAAAGAUCUCGUUACCGAAAGCCAGUAUACGUCAUCACAGGACUCAAGACCGUAUAUGGCGCAAGUGCCAAAUCGACCGAGUCUCGAUCCCGGGACAAGAAGGCAUCAAUAGGAGUGGGUGGAACCGUCUUGAGCGGUAGUAGCCCAGCUCCUGGAGCUAGGGCCGCGAAAGAGAACAAGACGGAGAAGAACAUGUCUUGGGAAGGAAGCAGCAAUUUUGUCUUUGCAUUUCGAGUGAGCAAGGUUCGCGUGAGUAAAAAGACACAGGGAGUGAAAGACCAUGAGUUUUAUACCGAAGGCGCUGAAUUCGAGAGAAAUACAACCUGGUCCAAAAAGGACACCCCGGAGCUCUCAAUGGUGUCGCAAGUUGAAGCAACCGCCAAUCAGGUGGGGCGAGGAAACUCUGAGGGAGGGCGAUAG